UGCAGUCGCGGGGAAGGAAGGAGACGCCUCAGCCGCGGCGCUCGCCGGCUCUGCUCGGAGCCCGACCUGCCCGCCCUCGCCGCGCCUCCCCUCCCCCCCCCUCUUCUUCUCGGCACCCCCCGAUUCUCUGUGUGUUGCUCCCGUCUCCGACGAGAGAGGCGGCGACGGUGGCGUCUGCGACGGGAGACAGCGCGUCGGAGCGAGAGAGCGCCGCGCCUGCCGCCGCCCCGACAGCGGAGGCGCCGCCGCCCUCGGUCGCCAGCAGGCCGGAGCCGCAGGCGCUCCCGAGCGCGGCCCUGCGAGCCCCGCUCCCCGACCUCUACCCCUUCGGGACCAUGCGCGGCGGCGGCUUCGGGGACCGGGACCGGGACCGGGACCGCGGAGGAUUUGGAGCGAGGGGUGGUGGAGGCCUUCCCUUGAAGAAAUUUGGUAAUCCCGGGGAGCGGUUACGUAAAAAGAAGUGGGAUUUGAGUGAGCUCCCCAAAUUUGAGAAGAACUUUUAUGUGGAACAUCCAGAAGUGGCCAGGCUGACACCGUAUGAAGUUGAUGAACUGCGCCGGAAAAAAGAGAUAACUGUGCGCGGGGGAGAUGUCUGUCCCAAGCCUGUUUUUGCCUUCCAUCACGCCAACUUCCCACAGUAUGUCAUGGAUGUGCUGAUGGAUCAGCACUUUACAGAACCAACUCCCAUUCAGUGCCAGGGAUUUCCCUUGGCUCUGAGUGGCCGGGAUAUGGUGGGCAUUGCGCAGACUGGCUCCGGGAAAACAUUGGCGUAUUUGCUUCCUGCAAUUGUUCAUAUUAACCAUCAGCCAUACUUGGAAAGAGGAGAUGGCCCCAUUUGCCUCGUCUUGGCUCCGACCAGAGAGCUUGCCCAGCAGGUCCAGCAGGUGGCUGACGACUAUGGCAAAUGUUCUCGACUGAAGAGCACAUGCAUUUAUGGAGGCGCUCCGAAGGGCCCCCAGAUUCGAGACUUGGAAAGAGGCGUGGAAAUUUGCAUCGCUACUCCUGGACGCCUGAUAGAUUUCCUGGAAUCCGGAAAGACAAAUCUUCGUCGGUGUACUUACCUUGUACUCGAUGAGGCUGACAGAAUGCUUGAUAUGGGCUUUGAACCUCAGAUCCGUAAAAUUGUUGACCAAAUCAGGCCUGAUAGGCAAACCUUGAUGUGGAGUGCUACCUGGCCAAAAGAAGUACGGCAGCUUGCGGAGGAUUUCCUUCGUGAUUAUACGCAGAUCAACGUGGGCAAUCUGGAGUUGAGUGCCAACCACAACAUCCUUCAGAUUGUGGAUGUCUGCAUGGAAAGUGAAAAAGACCACAAGUUGAUCCAGCUCAUGGAGGAGAUAAUGGCUGAGAAGGAAAACAAGACAAUAAUAUUCGUAGAGACAAAAAGACGCUGUGAUGACCUCACACGCAGGAUGCGCAGAGAUGGCUGGCCUGCUAUGUGUAUCCAUGGAGAUAAGAGUCAACCAGAAAGAGAUUGGGUGCUUAAUGAGUUCCGCUCUGGAAAGGCCCCCAUCCUCAUUGCCACAGACGUGGCCUCCCGUGGGCUAGAUGUGGAAGAUGUCAAGUUUGUCAUCAACUAUGACUAUCCAAACAGCUCCGAGGACUAUGUCCAUCGGAUUGGCCGAACAGCCCGGAGCACCAACAAGGGCACCGCCUACACCUUCUUCACCCCAGGGAAUCUCAAACAGGCCCGGGAGCUCAUCAAAGUGCUGGAAGAGGCCAACCAGGCCAUCAAUCCUAAGCUGAUGCAGCUGGUGGACCACAGGGGCGGCGGCGGCGGAGGGGGAGGUCGUUCUCGAUACCGGACCACUUCCUCGGCCAAUAAUCCCAAUCUGAUGUACCAGGAUGAGUGUGACCGGAGACUUCGAGGCGUUAAAGAUGGUGGCCGGAGAGACUCUACAAGCUAUCGGGAUCGUGGGGAAACCGAUAGAGCUGGUUAUGCUAACGGCAGUGGCUAUGGAAGUCCAAAUUCUGCCUUUGGAGCACAAGCAGGCCAAUACACCUAUGGGCAAGGCACCUACGGGGCAGCCGCUUACGGUACCAGUGGUUACACGGCCCAGGAGUACGGUGCUAGCACCUACGGGGCCAGCAGCACCACCUCAACGGGGAGAAGCUCGCAGAGCUCUAGCCAGCAGUUCAGUGGGCUGGGCCGCUCCGGGCAGCAGCCCCAGCCGCUGAUGUCCCAGCAGUUUGCACAGCCUCCGGGAGCUACCAGUAUGCUAGGCUACAUGGGGCAGACGGCCUACCAGUACCCGCCUCCCCCGCCGCCCCCGCCGCCCUCCCGCAAGUGAGGCGUGCAGACUUGCGGAGAGGGUGCUCUCCCCUCCUCCCCCCUCCUUCCUUUUUCUUUUGUCUUCCCCCUAACCGUUGUGAUUUGUCUUUCAUGCAGAUUAGUUAGAUUUCACUGCCAGAUUUCUUCUGCCCGCCAAAAUGAUCCAGUCUGUCAUAACAGAUUUUGUAAAAAAAUAUAUAUAUAUAUAGCUGACUGGAAGGGUUCCCCUCCCCAGCUUCUUGCAUGUUGAGGAUAUUUGAGCUAUUUUUCAUCUAAAAAGGAAAAGUAAGGUAUUAGGCCCUUUUGUGGGAGCCUGUUUUUUUGUUGUUGUUCUGAGUUGGGGGCAGGGAGAGGGGAGAACUCGGCAGGGGGAGAGGCAGCUGUGCUUUCACGUGCGCUCCUCACGGCUUGGGGAACCCAGAGGGACUUGCGUAUUGUGGUUCCACUUUGCUUUCUGAUGUUUCUCGGGCUGAAACGGAGUCCUUCAGGCCUGACGUUUUUAAGACAGUGCAUUGCAUUGUCAUUUUGGCUGAUUGCUUGCUCAGUGCAUUUCAGGGUUUUUGUUUUGUUUGUUUUUAAAUUCUUGGUUGAUCUUUUUAUCCCCCUUACCACCCACACCCCCAUCCCCAGUUGCUGAAAAAUAACUUUUAGUGGCAAGUUAGAAACUGAAUUGCUGAGUCUGGAUUUUUAACUAUCUUUCAGAACUCCCCAGUGUUGAGUGCAAUGGUUGCAUGUAGCCUCUCAGCAUCUGGCUGGACACCGUCUCCAUCCCCAUAGAAGCAGGGCCCGUCUGCAGCGUCCCUUUCCACCCAGGUGGCUGCAGUGAGCAGAAUGAACGUGAAUGCUCGUGGCAGCUUACUGUAUGAACCAGUUAGUAUGCAUUCACCUCCAGUGUAUAGACUACCCUGAAUUAUAAACGAUAGAUUAAUGGACGGGUUUUCUUUCUGAAGCUCAGUCCAUGUAACGCUAGAAUAAAAGUAAUUCCUUGCCAGCUACUCAGCUUCUUUGGCUAAGUUAUCUGCAACCAAGUCUUAAGGGUUUCUUAAAGAACGCUCCUGUAUUCACGCUGUCUCUGCAGUGCUUUGUAACAGCUUUGGGUGCAAGUUGCCCUCCGCAUCCUUUUGCACUCAGCUCUUUACAGGUAGGUAGUGCCCAAGGGAAGUUACGCAGGACUGACGCCCACGUCCCUUGGCUUUCCUUUCCCUCCGUGUGAAGGUAGGUGAGUUUGUCCCGUUCCUAGCAGUGCUAUUUGCUUGGACCUCUGGCAGGUGGGCGCGGGUAGGAUAUCUGCUCGUAUGCUCGCUCACCUGCUCCGGGCCCGUGUGGGGCUCCUGUCGCGGCCCACCGGCACUGCGGCCCCACAGGCAGGGCUGAGAGCACUGGCUGGGUGUCAGCCUGGGUGGCCAAACACUUGUUCUUGUUUUUCCCCUGGAGCCUUGCUGGGGAGAGCAAAGGCGUUGUCUGGGGGCUCUGAGGGUGUGGCUGGCUGUGCAGCGGACAGGUAGGUCGGCAGCGGAAGCUGUUCCCCGUGCAUGUCAGAGCUGGAAUAUCUGCCCUCUACCCUCCCUCUUUCUUGACUUUUCUCUUCCCUUCUCCUCCCCCUCUCCCCCCAGAAGUUGAGGCUGAGGGAGGAUGGUAGGCCCCGGAGAGCAUGCGACACUGCUCUCUUGUCCUCAGACCAAAGUGUCCAAAAAUCCCCUUCCCUUUUUUUUUUUUUUUUUUUUUUUCUUUUCUGAUCUAAGCAUUGACUAGUUGGUUGAAAAAUUUUCCCGUACCAAAACUUGGGUUGGUUGUUUUUUGGGAUUUGUUUCUAGUUCUUAGAACCCGCAGAGGUGCCGUGUGAGGAGCGCCUGCUCCCGGGUGUUGGGCAGGCAGGUUGGCAUUGGGCCGCUCCUGGCUUCCCUUCUACCAUACUUAAGUCAAAAAAAAAAAAAGGCCAAUUCCAAGUCUCAGUGCUACUCUGGCCAAGCCCAGCUGAAAUCUGGCGGCUUUUCCUGUAUAGCUCUAGAGUAACUUUCUACCUCCACACGCGUCACUCAGAACCCAGGUUCCGCCCCGGCUGCAGAGCCCGACCAGAGUCCUCAUUGAUGCUCAUUAGCGCGGCCUCGGCUGGACCCCCCUAGGGAAAUCUCAGUAUUAUGCUCCGGAGCUGCCUCUCCCCACCCCUAGCAGUUGUGUAGACUUCUCAUCGGAAAGGUUGGUGGCUUUUGCUUGGGAUCAGAGCUCUCUAGUCGUGUCCUCGCUGGCCCCUGAACACAUUCCUGUCGCGUUCAGACUUGAAAGAUUGUGGCUGUGUGUUGUUCAGGCACACGAUGCUAAGAGCUGUGUUACUCUCCUUAGUCUGUAAAUUGUCCUUUUGAUACCAUCUUGUUUUCUUUUGUAGGUAUAAAUAAAAACACUGUUGACAAUA